UCACACCGACCCACACAUCUUCUUUCAUCUUCCUCAACGCUCUCUCACACACAUACCUAGUCCUCUCUCCUUUCAAACCCACAAAGAAAACUUUCUCUAAAGUCUUUCUUUUCCCAUUGAAUAAUUCUUGAUAACUUUUUUCCUUUCCAUCAAUGGAAAGAUAGAAACUUCUUACAGUUAUUGAUCACUCAGUACUGUUACUACUUACCAUUUGCCUUCAACUCGUCAACACGAUGGAAGUCUCAAACUCAUCAAAGGCUCUACGAUUCAUCACCCACCAGCCCUUCUUCUCCGCCGUCGGAUCAGGCGACCUUGACUCCCUCAAGCAGCUCUUGGAUAAGCUGUCCGGAGAUGACCCAUCAGAUGCUUCCCCCAUCUCCGAUCUAAUGCCUCUGCAGAACGAUGCAGGGGAGACUGCCCUGUUCUUGGCUGCAGCCGAAAAUCGGCAUGAAAUUUUCAGCUACUUGCUUAGAUUCUCUGAUAUUCAGACCCUCAAGAUCAGGUCUAACUCUGAUAUGGAUGCCUUUCACAUCGCCGCUAAGCUUGGCCACCUGGAUAUUGUGAAGGAACUUUUGGGCAUUUGGCCUGAGCUUUGUAAGUCAUGUGACUCCUCAAACACCAGCCCGCUUUAUUCAGCUGCUGUGAAGGACCAUUUGGAUGUAGUGAAUGCCAUCUUGGAUGCUGAUGCCAGCUUAAUUCGCACAGUAAGGAAAAAUGGGAAAACUGCAUUGCACACAGCUGCCAGGUAUGGCCUCCUUCGAAUUGUAAAAGCACUUAUAGACCGUGAUCCAGGAAUAGUCAGCAUCAAAGAUAAAAAGGGUCAAACAGCACUCCAUAUGGCAGUGAAAGGUACGUGUCCUUCAGUAGUUGAGGAGAUAUUGGAAGCUGAUCGCUCUAUUCUGAAUGAACGUGAUAAGAAGGGUAAUACAGCUGUGCACAUGGCCACAAGGAAAGGCCGUUCACAGAUAGUAAGCCUGUUGCUGACCUAUGCAUCUGUUGAUGUCAACGCGAUUAACAAUCAGCAUGAAACUGCAAUGGAUUUGGCAGAUAAACUGCAGUAUGGAGAAUCUGCAUUGGAAAUUAAGGAAUCUCUAACUGAAGCUGGUGCUAAGUAUGCCAGGCAUGUUGGCAAAAUGGAUGAAGCAAUGGAACUCAAAAGGACUGUCAGUGAUAUAAAGCAUGAGGUGCACUCACAAUUCAAAGAACAUGAACAGACCCGUCGACGAGUUUCUGGUAUUGCCAAAGAAUUAAAGAAAAUCCACAGAGAAGCUGUUCAGAACACCACAAACUCUGUCACAGUCGUUGCUGUUCUUUUUGCCUCAAUAGCUUUCUUGGCCAUAUUCAACUUGCCUGGCCAAUAUUUUACAGAUAAAUCAAACGCAGGGAAGGCUAACAUAGCUAAUAGUAUUGCUUUCAGAGUAUUCUGCCUUUUAAAUGCUACCUCACUCUUCAUUUCUCUAGCUGUUGUUGUGGUUCAGAUCACUUUGGUGGCCUGGGACACAAGGGCUCAGAGGCAGGUUGUGUCUGUUGUUAACAAGCUAAUGUGGGUUGCCUGCACUUGCACUUGUGGAGCGUUCCUGUCAAUAGCUUUUCUUGUUGUUGGAAAGCCAAAUUCAUGGAUGGCUAUAACUAUAACCAUUAUGGGAGCUCCAAUUCUUGUAGGGACUCUUGCAAGCAUGUGCUACUUUGUUUUCCGGCAACACUUCGGGAUUUUCCGCAGUGACUCCCAAAGACGCAUCAAAAGGACUGGUGGGAGCAAGUCUUUCUCAUGGACACACUCUGCAAAUAUAUCAGAUCCUGAUGACUAUAACUCUGACCUUGAGAAGAUCUAUGCUUUGUAGACACCAGAUUUAGAACAAUGAGUAAGCUGCUCAAGAUCUUCUAUUGUUCAUGCAAUUUUAGGCACACAAUUUCAAACUAUGAUGAGGUGCACAGAAAAGUUGUUGGGUUUGGCUCUGUAUGAUGGUUGACCAACAAAAAAUUAUGUAUAUUUAGGCGCAAUGAGGUGUAAUAUGAUAGUUCAGUCUGUACGAGCUUGCAUAAGUUUCCAACAAAUUGCUUGUUGAUUGUGAUAGCAUGUUGCUGUGGUUGUAAAUUUGCAGUUUUGUAUGGUUCCAAUCAUACUAACAUAGCAACUUGAAUUUGUGAACUUUAUGAAUUCCUGUAUAUCUAUUCAAGGCAAGAGAAUUGUUUAAUGUAUAAA